GGUGGAAUCACAUUCUUUGCCUUAAAGCGCUUCCGCAUUGGGCAAUUGGGCAUGAACGAUUUGGUGGCGGACAGAAAUGGGCAAUCUACCCAUGGAAUGCCUCAAGCCAGUGGCCUCGAAGCUAAUACGGCUGCUCCCUACCCUCCUUCUUUUCCUGGCAUGAUGGACUCCGUUUCGCACUCCGGAUAUCCUCCUUCGGGUUAUUCCCAGCCACCCUUCACGGGUAUUAGCCAGGUUUCAGGCCAAUACUACCCUCCAACAUAUUAA